AUGGGGAUUUGUAAAUGUCCGAAGAGAAAAGUAACAAAUCAGUUUUGUUUUGAACAUAGAGUAAAUGUAUGUGAAGAUUGUAUGGUGACAAACCACCCAAGGUGUAUUGUUCAGUCAUAUCUUCAGUGGCUGCAAGACAGCGAUUACAAUCCAGUAUGUGAUAUUUGUAUGUUUGAAUUAAAAAAAGAAGAUUGCAUACGAUUAUCCUGUUAUCAUGUUUUUCAUUGGGCUUGCAUUGAUGAUAUGGGACAGAAAAUUCCCAAUACUACAGCUCCUUCAGGUUACACAUGUCCUACUUGUAAAGUAGAACUUUUCCCUCCACCCCAUUUAGUUUCUCCAGUUGCAGAAGCAUUAAAACAAAAACUAGCAUCAGUAAAUUGGGCUAGAGCAGGCCUUGGUUUGCCAUUGCUCAUCGAACAUAAUAAACCAUUACAAGAAAAUAGAAAAAUUCCUGUAUCAGAUAAUUCACAAUCGACAUCUCAUUACAUAAAAGAAAUAAAUCAAAAUCCAACAAAUUCCACUAAUGCAGAUGAUAAUCCACACUUAGUAGUUCAUGUUGAGGAUUCAUCUACUCUGAGCAGAACAGAAAAUCAAUUGCCUAAAAGAAUUUUCCAAGAUUUUAAUGAUUCCAAAGACAUUUUAUAUGAUCAUGAUGAAAAUAAGUAUAGACGUAAAACUGCUUUGGAAUUGUGGUGGAAAUCAUUUUGGAGGCCGAUUCCCAGAGGAAGACUUUAUUAUCAUCAAUAUUGCAUGAGAAUAAUUUUUUUAGUGGUAACUUUAACUAUGGUUUUUCUAUUAUUUUCUUGGCUUGGACAAAUUGUAACAAGAGAUGAUCCAUCAUUUGAUGUUCAUAACAAUCCUAAUAUAAGAGUUGCAAAUGUUAAAGAAACAUAG